AUGAAAUCUGAAAGUGAAACAUCAUUAGAUAAUGAAGCAAGACCAACAAAAGCAGAAUUAGUCCAACUUGUUAAUCAGUUUCUCAUUCAAAACGAUUUGCCAGUAACAGCUGCCGCUUUACAAAAAGAAUGUGAAAAGUUGCUGGGAGGCAGGUGGAGUGGGCAUAAUUCUAAUGUCACUCGUAGCGGUCGCUUUCGUAGGCAUACGACGGUAAUACCUAAUUUGGAUGGCGACGCGUGUUUGGCAGAAUGGUUGAGUGAUAGUGGGGCUGUUGGGACCCCUUCAGCAUCCUCUCCAAACGAAAUGACUAAUUCCUCCUCAAAAUCCCCACCCUCUCGUUUACGUAAACCAGCUAAAUCAACAACAUUGAAAAAGGGACAAUCUCAAAAUAGUGAAAAUAAAAAUGAAAGAAGCCUGCAAAAGCAAUGUAGUAGCCGUUCUAGCCAAAUUUCUCCAGCUCCUUCCCAAAAAAGAGCAAAUUCUCGUAAUAAAUCGAAAAAUUUAAAUGAAGAUUUAAAUAUUUCUUCAACAAAAAUUGAACAAAAACAGGGAGGAAAAAAUAAAAAUGUUUUGAGGAAGGCUGACUCUGUUGGGAAUAUUUCUGUAAAUGAAGCUUCCCCAAAACAACAACAACAAACUUCUUCCCCUCCUCCUGAUCCAAUACACUCUUCAAAUCAAUUAACAAUUACAGAAGAUAUUGUAGAAAAUAAAAAUUGGCUUUGUGCUAAUUUAGAUUUAUCACUUAUUAAUCAAGCAUUGUUAAAACCAAGUGUUUCUGGAGGGAGAGCAAGUGCUUUGUUGUUACAGGCUCUAAGACAAGUUUGUCUAUGUUUUAAAUCUUGAUUGAUGUUUGUCUCCAUGUUUUGUUUUUCUUGUGUUUGUUUGUUUUAAAGUUUUAUUCGAUGUUUAUAUUCAAGUUUUAGAAUGUUUGUUGUUUUUCUUGUUUUUAUGUUUUUCUCAUGUUUUCUUAUGUUUUUAAGCUUUCCAAGUUUAUUUUUAUGUGUUUGUUUAUUUCUUUGUUUGGUGUUUCUCUUCAAGUUUGUUUUCUUUUUGUUUCUAACGUUGUUGUCUCUCUUUCAAUUGUUUACUGUUUUCAUGUUUUGCCUAUUGUGUUUGUUUAUUAAGUUUGU